GAGAGCGUCAGCAUGCCUCACUGACAAGGCAGAAGAUCCCUGAUGAUCAGAGAGAGCAGGAGACGUGUGGGACAGCCAGCCUUCCAAAGCCAGCUUACAAUGAGCAUUAGCAAGUUCCUGCUGCUGUGUAUCAGCCUGGUUCUCCUCAGCUGCUCCAGGGCGGCUGUCAUCACUGGGGCAUGUGAGAGGGAUGUGCAGUGUGGCCCGGGCACAUGCUGCGCAGUCAGCCUGUGGCUGCGUGGGCUGCGCAUGUGCACACCCCGGGGCGUGCUGGGUGACGAGUGCCACCCCUUCAGUCACAAGGUGCCUUUCAUUGGAAAAAGGCAACACCAUACGUGUCCUUGUCUACCCCAUUUGCUGUGUGGCAGACAUACAGAGAGUAAAUACAGAUGUACCAAUGAUUUCAAAAAUGGUGACUUUUAAUAGUGUUG